AUGGCCAACGGGUGGAGGGAUGUCACCGAGCAACCGAUCCUUGUCAUCACUUCAGGCACAUGCGCCAAUGUUGUUGCCAAUUCGACACGCUGUAUUCAACAUUGCGUACAAGAACAACUCACUCACCUUGACAAGCGUGCAAGAGCCUUGGCAACCAGCGGCAACUUUGAAGCAGCCUUAAACGAUGUUGCUAUGAUACGACAACUGGGUCCUUCUUCGUCGGUGGGCUAUUUGUGUGGAGGUCACGUGUAUUCACUUCAAGGACGACAAAAGGCGGCGAUCGAUAUCUACGACAAGGGGCUGGAUGCUGUUCCAUUAUCUGAUCCCUCUUAUCAACGACUGGUGGAAGCACGAUCGAUGGCUCAAGAACGUGAUAGCAAAAGAAUCGAUUUCAUCAAGGAGUUCCCUAUCGACAUCAUUGAGAACAUUGCAUCGUGGAUCUUGUCUAAGGAGAUUAUAGCACCCAGUGAAAUCCAAGAAUACCUUGACGUUUCACGUGUAUGGCGACAAAGAUUAUUGAUGUGCAUACGAGAUCUGCAUAUUGAAGGCACGACCGAUUGUGAUGAUUUGCUUGGGCUGAUUGCACCCUAUUGUACCGCUCUUACUCUCCGCAGUGAAGCGUCUUGGUUACGUCAAUUCAUGUCGAAUACACCGUUCCCAUCAUUACGAGUUUUGAGCAUACUCCGGCCCUUGUUCCUUACUCGUUACAGCUAUGAAGAUGAAGAUGAAGAUGAUGUCAACAGUGGCCUUAUCCUGGACACCAUUAUCUCUUUUCAAGCUACAACUUUGACCCACUUGACAAUCUUUGUUGAAGAAGGAUGCGACAUCCCAUUUGCCAAUAUUAUCAGAAGCUGCCCCCACCUUGUUGAUUUGAAGAUGAGUUGGGUUGAUACAAACAUGUCUACAGCACCCACAUGCUGCCCCAAUAUGAAAUCGUUAUCAUUUAUGAUAAAUCAUGGAGAUGAAUUCGACGUGGAUGAUAUCACCAAGAGAUUCCCUGAAUUGGAAAGAUUUAUGGUUACACCUUUUUACUAUGCGGGUGAUUUGAGGAUCAUCCAAAGCAAUUGCCCAAAGCUCAGGGUCAUCGGUAAUAGUAGCCAAGAUUGUGAUGAUGAUGAUGAUGACUGUACGCCGCCAUCGUCGGAUGACUCUACUACUAUUGCUGUUGGUGUGCGUUCAUUUUUAAUCAAGGAUGAUGGUCAUUGGUUGGAUGAGGAUCAUGGCGUGCAAUGCUUUGACUACGUUCAAUCGAAUGACAAGCUAUACUCAACAAAUACGCCACCAGCAGCAUCUACGCAUGGCCAGCAUGGUUGCACGGAACUCACCCCAUUUAAAAAGUUGGACCUGUACCCGACUUACACCAUGAACGCUAAUGUGGGUGCACUCUUUGAUGAUCUGAUUGGCCUUUGCGAACUUGAAUCGGCUAUCGUCAAGUUGACAAUCAUGGAUCCUUUGGAAGAUGACAUGGGAGGCAUCGAGCGUUUUAUUCAAUAUCACAACACAAUUGAUUCGCACUUACACACGUUGAUACUUCCACAAGACGUACGCCUAUCCAAUGAUGCGUUGGACGCAUUGACAACACUGCCACAGCUCACAACCUUGGGAUUAAGCUUGCCUUUGGUGCAAGUAUUAUUCAUCGCUGAUCCAAUACCUGAUAUCGUCUUUGUACGGCUGUCCAAUCUAAAAGUCAAGUCCCUUCGAUUAGUCAUGUCAUUCCUCCUCAUGAACAAGGCCCCAACUAGCUUAUUGACCCUAAUGGAAUGCCCGCAAUUAGAAGAUCUACAAAUUUACCCUGCCUGCAAUCCAAAAGAUACCUAUAUUAGAAGGGCACUAGAAAGUAAAAUACCCAGUGUAUCAUGGUAG